GCUCGUGAAAAAGAUAUUGGAUAUUGGAUGACCUGGCGCAAUUUUCAAGUGGUCUGUUGUCAUAGGUGCUUGAGUGACAAUAACUAUAAAAGUGGCAUAUGCUAGGAGUUGAGAACUUGGCGGCAGUAACCUAAGUAAAAAAAAGCUUUUCAAACAUUCAAAUCACGGUGUGUCAUCGGUCUAAAAAUAUUUUAAUCGUUGGUCUGAUCAGUGUAAGCAAGUAAAUACAUCGUUACAUAAAUUAAGUAAUGGAAUCCGUUUAUAAACGGUUGAAUGCAGAAAUAGAAAAAGCACAAGGUAUCCAAAAAGAAAUACAGAAAAUUUUCCAACUACAUCGUCAAUUGUCUGCCCAGCUUUCUGAAAAUGAGAAUGUUAUUGAAGAUCUUGGGUUUUUAAACGAAUCAAAUGCUAUAUAUAAACUUGUUGGGCCAGUUUUAGUCAAACAGGAUUUAUCUGAAGCUAAAGAAACUGUCAAUAAGAGGAUAAGCUACAUAACAUCUGAAAUAAAACGUCAUGAUGACAGAAUAAAAGAACUGGAGAAACAGCAAGAGAAUUGCCGGGAACAGAUAAGCAAAUUACAACAAAAACUCCAACAAGAACACACAAAAGCAGCACUAAAGGCUUAAUGCAACAAAUGGCAUAAACUUAUGUGAAUAAUAAAAUUCUAGAUUUUUUUUGUGGCUAAAA